AUGGAUCGUAGUUAUUGGAUGUAUAGAAUUAAAUGUUCAUGCGAUGAAUAUUUGGCAUGUUUGGAUGGGUUUCUUAAAGUCGCGGAGGAAAAUCAGGUGAAUAAAGGAGAAAGCUACAUAUGGUGUCCUUGUGUAGAUUGGCAGAAUUGUCGUAUGUACACUGAUUCUGCCAAAGUACAAGAAAAUUUAAUAAUUCGUGGGUUUAUGAGAGAUUAUAUAUGUUGGUCUCAACAUGGGGAGACAUUGGUUAAUCGUAGUGAGGUUGUUUCAGAUUUUAAUGAUGAUAACAAUGAUUCAAACAAUGACAAGUACGAUGACUUAUCUGGAAUGUUACAUGAUUGGGAGGAUAAUGUCGCUAAAAAGCAUUAUGAAAAUUUUCAACAAUUAUUCGACGAAUCGGAAAAACCGUUGUAUACCGGGUGUAUGAAGUAUACCAAACUAUCUGCUGUUUUGAAAUUAUUUAACCUAAAAGCAAACAAUGGUUGGAGUGAUACAAGUUUCACAAAUCUUCUAAAGCUUUUGAAUGAUAUGCUUCCAGAAGAUAACGAGUUACCUAUUUCAACAUAUCAAGCGAAAAAACUAAUGUGUCCAAUGGGAAUGGAAAUUGAAAGAAUACAUGCAUGUCCAAAAGACUCUAUGUUAUAUAGAAACCAGUAUGCAGAUCUAGAUAAGUGUAUCACAUGCGAUACAUCACGGUAUAAGAAGAAUAAUCAUACAGAAGAAACCAAUGAUGUGAAAAAGAAAGGUCCACCUGCUAAAGUAUUAUGGUAUUUGCAUAUUGUGCCUAGAUUGAAGCGGUUAUUUGCAAACGCUAAAGAUGCAAAAUUAAUACGAUGGCAUGUUGAUCGUAAAUAG